GCUGAGUGACGAUCAGCAGCCAGUCGGGUUCGUUGCUUAGCUCAGUCCGGCUAGCUUAGCCGGGAUGCUAACAUGAGCUAAACGACCGGGAUAUGUUACGGGUUGUCGACAGUUUCAAGUCGAGUGUUUUCAAAUCUGGACCCUCAGCCCCAGGGCCCCAGACCAACACGGCCCCAUGGAUUCAGGAUCACUAUUCUGCGUCUUUUGGCUUGCGACCCUUUGAUUCAUUGCGGGCCUACGGCUGACAGCGGGUCUGAGGCAAAUGGCUUGGAGUCGUUCAUUCAUUCUUUGUCUAUACGAGUAGAAUAUUACAGGUGUACUGCAGUCGGGGGGUUGUCACUGUUGAUCUCUGUCACAGGUCACUUGAGUAUUGUCUGAAGUGGAAAAGACCCAUGUAUCCCCGACGCUCCGCCAGACUAACAAAGUCCCACAAGAGGAGCCCCCAGAGAAGCCCCAGCCCGAAUGAAGAAGUCAUCCAGCGCAAGUUGAGGGUUAAGAGACAGAGGACAGGGCAGAGGAAGACUGAAGCUGGCGAUGGCGCCGUUAAUACAGACGAGGGGAGCAACCGGGACAUCAUCGACAUCAUCAAUGACACACAUGAUGCAAAACGUAUGGCUGAGGAGGAUGAAGGAAAGUUUGUAGAGGUAGCUGAUAAAGGAGUGGACGAGUCGGAUGAAGACUGUGGCUCUGGUACCAGCAGUAUAGCCUCUGGUCCCUCCCUCUUAUAUCACACCACUACCAAGAAACGGAGGCCUUCGCGGGACUUGUGCUCAGCCUGUAAGAAGCUCUACCAGAAGGCAAAGAAGAGCAAAGCACCGAUCAAAAACAAACUCUUAGACAACAAUCCCAAGUCCCUGACAUGUGACCAGUGGGUCCUGAUCAAAAAGUGGAAACCCAGAAGGCUGCCUAAUGCAAGAGGGAAGCUUUUGACACAUGUACAGCUGGUUGAGAAAAGACUUCAAGUCAAUAAAGGUGUGAAGCAAAGUGAGCAAUAUGUGGGAGAGUCAACAGCUUGCUCAAGGCCGCACACUUUCCUACAGAGGAACCUUAGGCGUUGUGUCAGAGUGCCAGUGAAAAAGGAGAGGAAGAAGAACGAGAGGAGAAAGAGGCCCAGAGAGGAUUCUCAGGGUUCUCGCGUCGCUAAGCAGCAGCGUCUCCACAGCAACAGUCACCGCCAACACAUCGGUACUAGCUCUACCGAUGACAGUGGUCUUCACCUGACCAGCGGUCAUGGCAGCAGUGGUGGUUUUGAGAGUUGUAGCGAUCAAGAAACCAACAGUCAAGCAGACACAGACGUGACUGUUGAGUCGAUUCCGUCCACCAAGCCGAGAGAGGUCCCACCCAGGCAGAAAACACCAAAGAAGACGAGUGGGUUCAGAGACUUGCUUGCCCAGCUGCGUGGCAACAGCAGCAUGAUCGUCAGAGAAACCCGCUAGCGAGGCAACAACUUUUUUUAAACUCCAGUUUAGCAGCCACAGUAUUAAGUGUUCAAACGCUGAUGUAGCUUCUACUUACGUUGCUUAGUUGGUUUUCAGUGUUGUUUGACCUGGCUUUCUUCUCCCCUGAAUACCAGUUUGUAAAUAAUUGUUGCCGUUUACCUGGAGUCAUAUACCUGGAGUUGAUUGACAAAGUAGUGUUGGAAAUCCAUAUACUGGGUCGUAAUUUAUUUUUUCUUAAAUUUCAAAAUAGCCUUUAUUUAAAGUUUCAUACAACUGGAUGACUGUGAAUAAAUGGGUGUUGGUGGUGUUUUUUUA